AGAUUUGUCCAAACAAAAAAUCCUGAUGCAAUCUCUGAGUCUGAGCACUGAGACCACAUUCAAGUGGUCACUUUAUUUAUAUAGCCCAUUUAAAAACAACGGUAGUUGACCCCAUAGCGCUUCACAACCAGUAUCAUUCAGUACAUUUAGCAGCAUGGUCAGGUGUACUUUUUUCCACUUGUUUGCACUGACCGCUCUCGGUCAGUGUUACCACUCUGUGUGUGUUAGCAGUCGGUCAGCUCUGAUGUGUUCAGGGGCAGGUGUAUUUGUCUCGGGGUGGUCUGGUGGCCGCGGCUUCCGCGUCUGACUGGUGGGAACCAGGGUGAUUGACAGUGUUCGGGCUCAGUGCGUCGCCAGCGUCGUUGAGGGCAGCUGGGAAUAGCCUGGCCAUGUGAUGUGUCAACAUUCUAUUUGUAGGUCGCCCAUGGAAAUGGGCUACAGUUGCAGGGGUGUCUGAAGAAUAGAGUUCAGUGAUAGGUCUGUCUCUCACUCUGUGCCUCUUUUUCUCUUCCUCUCUCUCUCUCUCUCUCUCUCUCUCUUGCUCUACCUCUCUCUCUCGCUCUCUCUCACUAGGUGAAGCCUUUGUGAAUUCUGUGUUCCUAGUGAAGUCCACAGCCCACUGAGUCCUGCAUGUGCUGUAUCUGACAGUGUGUGAAGAAGAACAACGGGAACGUAACAGAACCAUGGUUCUCCACAAGCUCAUGGACUUUGGCAAGCAGCUGCUGCGGGUGAAGGUGGUGGACUGCAACACCGAGGACUCGCGGCUCUCGCGCUGCCUCAACACCUUCGACCUGGUGGCGCUGGGCGUGGGCAGCACGCUUGGCGCCGGCGUCUACGUGCUAGCCGGCGCGGUGGCGCGCGAGAACUCCGGCCCCGCCAUCGUCCUGUCCUUCCUCAUCGCCGCCAUGGCGUCCGUGCUGGCCGGCCUCUGCUACGCCGAGUUCGGGGCGCGCGUGCCCAAGACGGGCUCCGCCUACCUGUACAGCUACGUCACCGUCGGAGAGCUCUGGGCCUUCAUCACCGGCUGGAACCUCAUCCUCUCCUACGUCAUCGGGACCUCUAGCGUCGCAAGAGCGUGGAGUGCUACGUUUGACGAGCUGGUUGGCAAUCACAUUCAGCACUUCUGCCGUCAGUAUAUGACCAUGAACGCCCCCGGAAUCCUGGCUGAGUAUCCCGACAUGUUUGCAGUGGUCAUCAUCCUCACUCUCACUGGCCUGCUAGCCUUUGGGGUGAAGGAGUCGGCCAUUGUGAACAAAGUCUUCACCUGCAUCAACGUCCUGGUGCUGGUGUUCGUGGUCGUGUCAGGACUCGUCAAGGGCACGCUGAAGAACUGGCAACUCGUCCCCGCGGACAUACUCAACGGGACCGACUCCACUCAUAAUGGUACUGACCCGUCCCUGGAGGGUGUGGACCUUGGCGUGGGCGGCUUCAUGCCCUACGGCUUCAAUGGCGUCCUCUCUGGCGCCGCCACCUGUUUCUACGCCUUCGUGGGCUUUGACUGCAUCGCCACCACAGGUGAAGAGGUGAAGAACCCCCAGAGGGCCAUCCCCAUCGGCAUCGUGUCCUCUCUCCUCAUCUGUUUCGUGGCCUACUUCGGCGUGUCGGCCGCCCUCACCAUGAUGAUGCCCUACUACAUGCUGGACAAGAACAGCCCGCUGCCCGUGGCCUUCACCUACGUGGGCUGGGAGGGGGCUACCUACGCCGUGGCCGUGGGCUCUCUCUGCGCCCUCUCCACCAGUCUGCUGGGCUCCAUGUUCCCUCUCCCGCGUAUUAUCUUUGCCAUGGCCCGCGACGGUCUGCUCUUCACCUUUCUGUCGCACGUCAGCGAGAGGAAGACGCCCAUCAUGUCCACCGCGGCAGCUGGUGUCAUGUCCGCGGUCAUGGCCUUCCUGUUUGACCUGAAGGAUCUGGUCGAUCUCAUGUCCAUCGGCACAUUGCUGGCCUACACACUAGUUGCCGCCUGUGUCCUGGUUCUCAGGUACCAGCCUGAGCAGCCGAGCCUGGCGUACCAGAUGGCCAGCACUCAGGAGGAGGUGGAGCUGACCGAGUCCAUGGGCGCCCCGAGCAUGGGCAUCCUGCCCGGCGUGGAGCAGCGCUUUACGCUCAAAACCAUGCUCUUUCCGGAAAACACCGACCCCUCACACCUCUCUGGCUUCGCCGUUAACGUCUGCACGAGUUUACUCGGAGUGUUGAUCCUGGCGUUCAGUAUCCUGGCAGUACAGGGCAGUGCGGCGGUGUGGGUCAUCGUGUCCCUGAGUGUCCUGUUCAUGGUCUGCCUCGUCCUGGUGUUCAUCAUCUGGAGACAGCCAGAGAGCCGGACCAAGCUCUCCUUUAAGGUGCCCCUGCUUCCCUUCCUCCCUGUAGUCAGCAUGUUUGUCAAUGUCUACCUGAUGAUGCAGCUGGACAGAGGCACCUGGAUCCGCUUUGCUGUCUGGAUGGCUUUAGGUUUCGUGAUCUACUUUGGGUACGGGAUACGACACAGCGUCGAGGCCGCACUCUCCCGACGCCCAAGUCCAGAGGAGCUCAGGGCCUACAAGCCCACAUCCUCCAUCAACGGAGACUCCCGCGGCUCCCCCGAGAAAGAGGCCUUCCUCAGUAACGGCCUGGCUGCCAGGGCCGAUGACGAGGGUGAACUCUUAGAGUCGUCAUAAAACAAAAACAUCUUCCCCUGUAAAUUUUAUGCGAAAAUAAUGUAUAUUUGACGCAAUGGGAUGUAUAAACUUCAAGAUGUCCAGACACAUUUUUGGAAAAAAAAAAGAACUUUAAGCUUGAAGGAGAGCACACCUCACCCAAAGGGAAACCUUGUCAGGAUUAGACACUAUUGUACAGCUGACUCUCUGUGUGAGAGACCAAGAGCUCUUUGACGAACAUUUUAGCAUUUGACGGCUAUUGAAUUGCCUGAAAAAAAUAAUUGCUAAACAAAGGCCUUUCUGUUUUCCAAAUUUGAGCUCAUUUGGAGGAAGGGGCUUUGACUUCAGCCGAGAUAGCGCUGAGUUUGUCUGACAAGUGUUAUCAAAUGGAGCAGAGGAUAAGUCGCAUCAUGGUUGCUUGUACUAAAUUUGGAUUCAUGUGCAACACAGUCUUUGAGGUUUCUCUGCUGUUAGUGUUAACUAUUAACAUUUGGCUCUUUGUGAGACUUGCCUUCAUCAGUCCCUGAUGAGGAUUUCAGUUAUUGAUCUACAGGUGGUAUAUUUUUGUUGCCAUUUUUUUUUUCAAAGUGAUGACCCAGUAGAGAGAUACAGUACUUAUCUGCCACAGACUACUUGAUAGAGUUGGGAUAGGACAGACUCAUGUGGGCUUGUGAGUGUAUACAGCAUCUUAAUGCAUAUUUCAGUGUUGCCUUUCAGCAGACAUUCAUGACAGUCUGUUCCAUGGUAUCAAUUCAACUCAAGCGUGAGCUGCUAAGGUUUGGACUUGGCCUACCCAAGUAUUUCUUACUCAACACCCCCAGAGAGUUGUGUCUUUAUAUUUGUUAGUUUUAUAGAGUGGAAUUAAGCUGGUCUGAACGAUGGAGUGUAGAUUUAACCUUCACAGUGCUGGGUACUGUGUUUUUUUAAUCUAACCGACCUCAACCAUGCCUAAAGUGCGUUAUUGGUUGAAAAAAAUUGUAGGUAGUUGUAUCUCAUUAGUGUACUUUUUCUGCCAGAUGUUGCACAGGAGGUGUACAAAUGUACUCGUGAGUAAUUGUAGACAUGCUUAGAAGUGGUGAUAUUGUGCAGAAAUGCAUAUCUCUGGGAAACAGACUGUAGAAGACCCUUCCUUUUUUCCUGUCAUGUUUUUCCCCCUACCAGAAAAUAGUAUCAAACAAGAUGAACCAGAUCAUCAAAAAGAUGAAUCUUUGUCUUUUUGAAGUCUGCCGUAGGUCUGGUUUAGGAUGUUUCAAAUAUAUGAAACUAUACUGAUCAUUCCUGCCCACAUAUCCCCUAUCUACUGUAUAUCCAGUUACAUUGCGCAGUAUUCAUCUGGUUCAACUGAACUGUCAAAAUAUUCUCUGGUCUGCAUGUAGCUCAGCAUUGUAAUGAGUAUUCGCUCUUUGCAUGUUGUACCCCAGACAUAAUUGUUGGUAUUGCCAUUGCCUUAUAGGAAAAAGUAAUGUUAACCUGCUUGAAGAUCAACUGUGGCUAUGCACAAAUGAGUAGUCUAUUUUAUUGAUAAUCAGACUUUUUUCUGUAUAUAAGAUGUUGUUCAUACUUGCUUUAUGAAUUGACUAAUUUGUAAAUGGCGAAUUCUGCUUUUGUAAAAGCUAAAUAUAUGUCAUGAUGCCACAGCUGGCUAUAGAUUGAUAAUAGAUGUUUUGUGGUUUGUGUAUAUCAGUUUCAUUGUCUAGUGUACUGUAUGUGCCUGUCUCUGUGUCUGCUUAUGUUGGGCUAUUUUGUAAAAAUGGAAAGAAAACAGUUGGUUUAACUGUCUCUUUAAUUUCUUACAUGGAUGUGUUGCACGAACACUAAAUGUAGCCUAUGUGCAGCUUCUCAUAGUGUGUCUAAUCCAUCCUCAGAUCCCAUUGAAAAGGAGCAUUCCACUCAAACUCUAAACUCUCAGGCCACGUCCACACGGAGACGCGUUUUGGGUUAAACGCAGAUGUUUUGCAUUGUUUUGGCCGAUCGUCCAAACGAAUCCUCCAAACGCAUAGCCCUCCAGGUCCCAGAGUGCGUAAGUUUGAAAACGCAGCCCUCUAGCGUUCGUUUGGACGGCGGAAAACGUAUACCUGCGUUUCGAUGAUGUCAUCGCCACACUCCUCGACCUUCAGAUUCUUCUAUCACAAGUUUGCCAGUAUUCAGUGUCAGUAUAUUUAUUAUUAUUUUCAUUGAGUGUGAAAAUGAUAUUAACUAUUACAGACAAAUACACCAGAAAAGUGUGUGUCUAUAUGGGAUUAUUUUUGGAUUCAUACGUUAUCAAUCAUAGGGACAGAGAGAAUCCAGUUUGUUUUUGUCAUAGACAAAUAAUCCCUAUUUGUAUAUGAAGUGUUUGGUGAACAGCUUACAGCAGUUUUGCCUUUAAAUAUUGCACAAUGUGUUUCCUGAUGUGUCAGCAGCUUAAGAAUUGUAUACACAUACGCAGCUGCACCUGUUUGUAUUCAGUGGCCUGAAAAAAAUAAAUUGGCAAAAUACUUCAAACAGAUCAGAGAGUUUAUGGACAUCCUCAGUACAACACACCUCGUUAUCUCCCAUGAGGGAUAAUUGUUACUAUUUUUUAAAACAAAUGAUUCAGUGGAUACUGUAGCUGAACUUGUGGAGAAGUACUUGCAUUAGCUUAAGAGUAUAUCUGU